UCCUACACGCUCAACUGCUCACUCUCUCUCUCGCUCUCUCUCUCUCUGUGUGUGUGUGUGUGUGUGUGUGUGUGUGUGUGUGUGUGUGUGUGUGUGAGAGAGAGAGAGAGAGAGUGUGAGUGACUGUGUGACUGAGUGUGACUGAGUGAGAGAGAGAGAAUGGAUCGAGGUGGCAGAUAAAGAACCAAACACACACUCUGACGCUUUAAAUCCGGUUCUGUUCAAACCGAGAUCACUUCACGGAGCCUUUUAACAUCCCGAACUCACCAGACCGGAAGUGAGGGACUCUGUGGAAACCGUUAGUGGAAUCAACUGUCAAAGCCUUUGAAGCUCUGAUACUCUGUGUAACAUCACUAAAGUGUCCUGAUUCUUUACACCUCUUAGAAUGAAAUCCGAGUCCACACGGCGCUCUUUAGGAAAAUCUCCACAGACUCCUGCUGCUACUGGUUCAAAGAUGUACCACUGCUCACACUGUGGGAAGAGUUUUACUAAAAGUAAUCAUCUUCACCGACACGAGCGGAUCCACACAGGAGAGAAGCCGUAUCACUGCUCACAAUGUGGGAAGAGUUUUACUCGUCAGAGUAAUCUCCAAAGACACGAGCGUAUUCACACAGGAGAAAAACCAUAUUAUUGUGAACAAUGUGGGACAAGUUUUACUUGUUCGAGAAAUCUCCAAAUUCAUGAGCGCAUUCACACAGGAGAGAAGCCGUAUCACUGCUCACAGUGUGAGAAGAGUUUUACUUGCCAGAGUUCCCUCCAACAGCAUGAGCGCACUCACACAGGACAGAAGCCGUAUCACUGUGGACAGUGUGGAGAGUUUUUUGCUCGUCCAGGUACUCUCUAUCGACACGAGCGCAUUCACACAGGAGAGAAGCCGUAUCACUGUGGACAGUGUGGGAAGAGUUUUGCUCGUCAGAGUACUCUCCAAAUACACCAACACAUUCAUACAGGACAGAAGCCAUACUUCUGCGGACAAUGUGGGCGUAGCUAUACUAAUUCAAGAUCAUUAAGGGGACACAAGAGAGAGCACACAGGAGAGAAGCCGUAUCACUGCUCACAAUGUGGAAAGAGUUUUACUUGUCAGAGUUCUCUCCAAAGACACGAGCGCAUUCACACAGGAGAGAAGCCGUAUCACUGCUCACAGUGUGGAAAGAGUUUUACUUGUCAGAGUGGUCUCCAAAUACAUGAGCGCAUUCACACAGGAGAGAAGCCGUUUCACUGUGGACAAUGUGGGAAAAGUUUUAGUUGCCAGAGUAAUCUCCAAAUACACAAGCGUAUUCACACAGGAGAGAAGCCAUAUCACUGUGGACAGUGUGGGAAGAGUUUUACUUUUCAGGGUGGUCUCCAACAGCAUGAGCGUAUUCACACAGGAGAGAAGCCAUAUCACUGUGGACAGUGUGGGAAGAGUUUUAAUUGCCAGCAUAAUUUCCGACGACACCAGCGCAUUCACACAGGAGAGAAGCCGUAUCACUGUGGACAGUGUGGGAAGAGUUUUCCUUCCCAGCGUAAUCUCCGACGUCACCAGGACAUUCACACAGGAGAGAAGCCGUAUCACUGUGGACAGUGUGGGAAAAGUUUUAGUUGCCAGAGUAAUCUCCAAAUACAUGAGCGCAUUCACACAGGAGAGAAGCGAAAUUACUGCUCACAGUGUGGGAAGAGUUUUACUUGUCAGAGUGCUCUCCAAAUACACAUGCGCGUUCACACAGGAGAGAAGCCGUUUCACUGUGGACAGUGUGGGAAGAGUUUUACUCAUCAGGGUAAUCUCCAACAGCAUGAGCGCAUUCACAUAGGAGAAAAGCCAUAUCACUGUGGACAGUGUGGGAAGACUUUUACUCAUCAGAGUUAUCUCCAACAGCAUGAGCGCAUUCACACUGGAGAGAAGCCGUAUCACUGUGCACAGUGUGGGAAGAGUUUUACUCAACACAGUACUCUCCAGCAACACAAGCGCAUUCAUACAGGACAGAAGCCGUACUUCUGCGGACAAUGUGGACGGAGCUAUACUCAUUCAAGGUCUUUAAGGACACACAAGUGCACUAACGUGAAGCCAUGAGACCUUGAAAUGUGAAUUUGUCAAAUUAAGAUGCAUGUUUUUUAUUUUAAUUUUUUAAAAGGAGGUAAAGAGAUGUUCCAGCAUAAAACUAUAAUAAUAUAGUAUUUGUCAUGGACUGUAGUAUUCUGUUGCAUGGGACUUUAGUGCUUACUCUCUGGGUUUUAGCAGAAUUCAUGAUUUUACGUUGUUUCACUGUUUUCCCCCCAAACGCUACAAUACCAAGCAUGGACUACACAUUUAACCAGUGAGAAUGCCCACUUUAAUCAACAUCAGACAUCUGACAGCUCUGCUCUUUUGUUUGCUGUCAAACGGUUGAGCACUGCCGUGUGUGUGUGCAAAAUCCGCCGAAAACUCCCACACAACGUUAAUACUGUGGUUAAAGUGUUUAGAUGUCUAUAAUGCACGUUGAUAAUGCGACUAACAUAGGAGUACUCCAUGUCUUAAUUCAAUUUGUGUUUACCUUAAUGUAAAGUCAUACUCGAAGUAAUCAAUAACUGUUUACAUGGUAGUUUCUUAAUCAGAGUAUUGUCUUAAUUGAGUUAAUUUCUGAUUAUUGUUGUCCAUCUAAAUGUAUUGUACGAGUUCACUGUGAGUUCACAAGUUCCUCAUAGAAGAUCAGGUUGCCUACUGAUCACACUUUAUCAAUAUGUUCUAUAACUCUGUGUGUUCUGGAAAUCUAAAUAAAUGAUAUAAAUGGGAUAAAUGGCACUCAUCCAAGCCAUCAAAGAUAAAUGGAACCUUUUUCAAGCUGGAAAUGUCAGUUUCUUUUAACAGGCAUGAAGGAGCUCCAUCAGACUCGACUUUUGGUCUGUCAUCAAAUUCAGCUCUCAUAAAGAAUGUGGAAUCAUAAGGUAGAUGUCCUGAUUUGCUUUCCUUUCAAUCCAGUCAAGAAUGAACUUCUGCACAGAGACUGGUUUUCCAAUGCCAGUGACUCCCUUUGUCAGCACAGUUCUGAUGGGUUUGUCUUCUUCAGAUAAGAGCUGAAAGAUGUCAUUGCAUGUGAUUGGUGUGUCCUGUUGUUCUCCUAGAUGCUGCCUCAAUCUGUCUCACCUCAUGUUUAUAACUGUCAUCUCCACUGUGUCCAUCUGUGAUGUAGAGCUCUGUGUAGAUAUAAUUCAGGAGUGUUCAGGCAUGACCCACAAUCUGCUGCUGUAAAUAAAUUUCAAUGAACAUACAA